AUGACACUUUUGUUGUGGAAAAAGUCGGACCGGAAGCUGGAUAGUAGGAGACAGUGCGCAUCCUGGAAAUCAUAAGUGGGCUACUCUGUCAACACACCGGGUAACAUAACAAUACAACAACUGAACAUAUUUCAUUUUAAACUAAAACAUGCUGUGGAUGAGACAAUAAGAGCGGAGCCGUCGUCCGUCCGUCUGUCUUGAGAGCACUCGCCAGAAUUGACCGAGGCCAGCAGUUAAAAUCUAUAAAUAUGAAUCCUGUUGAUCAGGGGCUCGUCCAUGGCUCGGCUCGUCUCUCUCGCCGCCUCUGCCUCACGUUAAGCGGCUGGUAAAAUGACUGCCGCCUGGCUCUCUGGAGCAGGGCUUUCCCAAAGGCCUUGACAUGAAAUCUCUGACGCUCCGCUGGCUUUGCCUGGUUAGCCUGAGCCUUCCUCUGUUGUUUUGGUUCGGACAUGUGAUCAGACGGGACGGGCCGUGGCCUGCUGUGCAGAGCACCGGCCUCAGGGGUUAUAUGAGGAUCACCCCGGGCAAGGUGGACCAGUUCCUGGACAUGCACUGCAGCCAGUGUGCCUUGGUCUCCAGCUCGGGUCAGAUGAUCGGCGCUGGCGUCGGAGAGGAGAUAGACAAGAUCGGAUGCGUGAUCCGGAUGAACAAUGCACCCACGCGGGGGUAUGAGAAAGACGUAGGGAACCGCACCACUGUUCGGGUUGUGUCUCACACCAGUGUUCCCCUGUUGGUGAAAAACGAGCUCUACUACUUCCAGAAAUCAGCAGACACCACGUAUGUGUUCUGGGGUCCCGAGAGGAACAUGAGGCAAGACGGGAAAGGACGCAUCUUCAAUACUCUCCUGAAAAUAGCGAAAAAGUAUCCGAAUGUGAGAAUCUACGCUGUGACCAGAGAGAAGAUUCAGUACUGUGACAGUGUGUUUCAGAAUGAAACUGGAAAAAACAGAAUGAAGACGGGGGCGUUUCUCAGUACAGGAUUCUUCACAAUGAUUCUGGCUAUAGACAUGUGUGACAGCAUCCAUGUUUACGGAAUGAUUGAUGACAACUACUGCAGUCGAGCCAAUCACAGUGUUGUUCCUUACCAUUACUACGAGAGGAACCGAAUCGACGAGUGCAGGAUGUACAGGGUCCACGAGCACACACAGCGCGGGGGUCAUCGCUUCAUCACUGAGAAGGCCAUCUAUGCCAGAUGGGCGACGCGGCACAAGAUGGUGUUUAAACACCCAACAUGGAGCCUCUAAAGGAGGAGACAGAGGGAGAUGUUCCUCGACCGUACAGUAGUAUUCACGUUUGCUGGCUUUUGGUCGUCUUUGCUGAAGAUUUUUAGUGUUACCUGAGCAGGAACUUUAUCAAGCACAUGGCAUUUUUACUGGUGGGCACUUCUUUUAUUCCACUUUUUUACCAACUCAACAGUUUUUCAAGUAGAAAAAGGGCCCAUUUGAUACUAGUGAAUAGUGGAUACAGUUAUCUGUAUCCACCAUAAACGUAAAAUAGUAGUUUGUUUCUAUGCUUAAGAUUAAAAAUUACCAGAAUUUAAGUGGUAACGCCCUCAGUAUUACGAAAUACGUCUGUAUUGUAUAGCCAUAUAUCAGUAUAGAUACUGAUGAAGAAUAUUAAGCCACUAAACUAGACACUAAAACCAGUUUAUACCAAAGCUUACAGUUUUUAAUUUCUUUAUAUCUGUGCCUUGACUUUGUUUUAUUCUGCACAAUGUUUUAUUUUAUGCUGCUAUCUGGCCUGUAGCUACAAUAUGCACCUUUUACUCUAUGAUACACAUAGUGUGUUUUCUAGGGCUGCAACUAACAAUUAUUUGUGAUUAAUCUGGUGUUUAUUUUCUCAGUUAAUCAGUUAAUUCUUUGGUCUACAAAUUGUCAAAAAUCCCAGUUUCUACGGAACUCAAGUUGACGUAUUUAAAUGACUUCUUUUGUUCAACCGUAAUAUAAAAAAUAAUAAUUAAAUUAAUAUUAAAAUAUUAUUAUUUAUAUUAUUCAGUUUAUGGAACCAGAGAAUUUCUGCCAUUUUUGUGUAAAGAAAAGAAAUUAUUGUCCUGCGGAGCGCCUAAUUGAUUAAUUGAAUCUUUUCAGCUCCAGUAUUGUUUUUCCUGCUCUCCUCCCUGUAAGUUGGUCAGUAUUUUGCCACAAAACAUGACGCUCUUCUCGGUGACAUGUCUGCCUUGAAGCAGAGUCAUGUUCAUAGCAAACCAUUGACAGUCUAGUUUAAAAAUCAAAGUCUUGUUUGAGGCACAUUUCAUUUGAUGAUCCUUUUUUUCUUUCCUCUGAUGUUUUUGUUGUGGCCUGUCUAUGGUGUGGCUUUGGGCGUCAACUCUAGCAGUUCUAGUUUACACCAGCAACAACAAAUGAACAAACUGGGUCAUACAGCUUCAGGCUGACACUUCAUGUCUUCAUAAACUACUUACUGCUAUUUUUGUAAAGUUUGAUAUUGCAUCUUUAUGCUGAAUACUUGCCCUGACUGCAGCCAUUUACAGUGUUUUAAAGCUUGUGGUGGUGGUAGUAGUAAGCUAAUCAUUUAACCAAUGUGUUAAUGUGAACAGUGUUCAGUUAUUGCCAUUGGGAGUGCCAUUUAACCCAAAGAGUGAUCGUUCAGUUUGCAGUUGUGUUGUGUUGUGUCAUGAGUAUACUGCACCAACCACAGAGCAGAGAAUAUUAAAAUGUAACAGCUGCAGUCCACUGAUAUGCAGCCCACAGUGUUAACAAACUCAGUAUUAAAUACAAUGUGAGUGAUAAGAGCAUACAAACAGCCUGUAGAUCUUUGUGGUUGGUGUGUGUUAUCUGUGUUCGAGGGGAGAGGGUAUAGAGAUCCACCAGGUUUCUUUAAAAUGCUGAUGGGAUAUUUGCACUGGUGCAGUUCCACCACUGAGUGUCACCCUCUGACAGAAAUCUGCAGAAUUUGUGGUUAAAGGCUAAGAAUAGGAUUCUUGGUUAACCUUGAAUAUAACAGGCCCGAUAUACCGUGCACACAACAUUUAUUACUUGUCUUCAGACAACUACUUGGUAAUUGUUUACCCUUUAUAUUUUGCUACCUGUUUACAAUUUAAAAAAAACAUAGUGCUGCCUUUUCAGUUGCAUAAUGCUUAUUUUGUGACUUAUUCCAAAGACCGUAAUAGUAUUUGCACUACUGAGCAAACUACUGUGUCAAAUAAUUUCACUGUCAAGUACAUUUCAGACAUGAAUCCUUGGAAUUAAAAUGUAUUAUUAUUGACUUUGAGUAGUCUACUUGCGUAGUGAAGUGAAACUUGAAUGUAAACCGCCGGUCGCCGCAGACGGGUGGGUCAACAUGAAUAAAACCUGCUGUCAAACACUG